GAAUUCAAAGGAAAACCUCUAGAAGUCUCUUGGGUUUCAGUUUCCACUCAGGUGUGAUUUAAGAUAAAUUAAAUGAUCAACAAGCGAACAGAAAACAUGCAGAUAAAUAUUUUACCUGAUUCUCUGGGUACUUAUAGAUGAAAUACAGGCUGACAGCUAGGAUCAUUGGGUUUAUUCAGCUUAAAGUGGCAGUAAACCUUCACAUUCUGCACCACCAUGCAGGUCCUGCCCCACAGCCACCAGAGUGAAAGAGAGUCCAGAGCAGCCACAGCUUCCUGCUGCUUCCUGUCAUCAGGUACGUCUGUAUUUGCUGUCUCAGGUUUCACAGCUGAUCCUGGAUCCUGUAGUUGUUUUUCUCCACAAAGCUGAGUCAGCGUGGACGGACCUCUAAUAACUGAAAGUAUCUGGAGUGCAACAGAAAGACUUUUAUCUCCUUAAAGGAUUGUACAGAAAGACUUUUAUCACCUCAAAGGAUUCUACAGAAAGACUUCUCUGACCUGCAGAAUGCAGCGCUGCCACCAGGAAACGCCAGGAGACUUCUGGGAAACAGAGUUUGGAGGUCCUUCCUGGUCCAGACAGAAGAAGGUCAUCCACUUCUCCAGCGGAGAAACUCUGGAGUUAGAAGAUAGUGAGGAGGAGGAGGAGGAAGACGAGCAGCCGUCCAACAAAACUCCCUUCAAAGAACCUGUAGAAAAGACUAAAUUCUCCUUCAGGAAUGUGGUCGUUCUAGUCGGCAGGAUCUCACUGCUGGCCUGUGACUUCCUGGGAGAGAGACUAGUUGGAGCUCUUGGACUAAAUGCAGCCAAAUACCAGUAUGCUGUAGAUCAGUUCCACCGAGACCAGAAGAAACAGCCGAGUCCAGGACCAGACGACGUCAGGAAUCGGGAACGUUUGGAGUCGAUCCGUCUCUCUCCUGGACUGGAGGGAAGUCGCUACGGAGCCGCUGGAGAUGGAAACCGUCCUGAUGAUCCUCAGAGAAUAAAAGGACGUGACAACAGAGGCUAUCAGGCAGAUUACUGGGAAUAACAGAAUUACACAGUUUCCCUCUGGAGAUUAACGAAGUAUGUUUAAGUGUCAGAAUAAGACAAAAGAAGGACAGCAGAAUGUGAAACAAUGUGUGAGCAUCGUGGCACUGAUACAGAAAUACUAGAAGAAGAAAAAAACAGAAGGGUUUAAUAAUGUGAGGAUUGGGUUAAGUUUAAAAAUUUAAUUCAUCAAAUUAAGCAAAAUCCCAGGACUGAAUGUUUAGAUGUACAUUUCUAGAGGGGACAAGAGAUAUGUCUGUUAAUAAAAACAUGAAAAUGCAAA